UCUCCAGGAAGUGAGGGGGUUCAAGCCGACUGGCCUACCGCGAUGCAUUUUGGGAAAGCAGCAGCACCAGAUCCAAGAUGGCGGCCAGCAGGAGGCUGAUGAAGGAGCUUGAAGAGAUCCGCAAAUGUGGAAUGAAAAACUUCCGUAACAUCCAGGUUGAUGAAGCUAAUUUAUUGACUUGGCAAGGGCUUAUUGUUCCUGACAACCCUCCAUAUGAUAAGGGAGCCUUCAGAAUUGAGAUCAACUUCCCAGCAGAGUAUCCCUUCAAGCCACCCAAGAUCACAUUUAAAACAAAGAUCUACCACCCUAACAUCGACGAGAAGGGGCAGGUCUGUCUGCCCGUAAUUAGUGCGGAAAACUGGAAGCCGGCCACCAAGACUGACCAAGUAAUCCAGUCCCUCAUAGCACUGGUGAACGACCCUCAGCCUGAGCACCCACUCCGGGCUGACCUAGCUGAAGAAUACUCUAAGGACCGUAAAAAAUUCUGUAAGAAUGCUGAAGAGUUUACAAAGAAAUAUGGGGAAAAGCGACCUGUGGACUAAAAUCUGCCACGAGUGAUUCCAGCAAGUUUGAGCAGAGACCCCGAGCAGUGCAUUCAGACACCCCGCAAAGCAGGACUCUGUGGAAAUUGACACGUGCCACCAACUGGCGUCUGCUUGUGGCAGUUACUAACUUUCUACAGUUUUCUUAAUCAAAAGUGGUCUAGGUAACCUGUAAAGAAGGAUUAAAAAAUUCAGAUGUUCUAGUUCUGCUUGCUUUGUUUUAAAAAUCACUGCUUUAGUCUACUUCAAAAGAAUGGCAUUUCUUUUCUUGCCCAGAUUUACUCAAAGUUGCAGUUAGCCCAGGUUUAAAGAUAAAGGUUGUGGUUUCCUCUCCCUUCCCCGCUUCUCCCUUUUCGAUUUCCACUUCCACAGACCAAGGCCCCAGCUCCCCACAGGGGCGGCAGCAGCAUUGGCAACUUUGUCCUGUGCCACACUGCCCGUGGAUAAUGAAUAGCUCAAGUCCCCAUACCAGCUUAUUGACAUCUUUAAAAACUAUAGAACAGUAUCAGUGCCCUGCCCCACGGGACAUCCGUGCAAAGGGAAGCCGUUGGUUUUUGUUUGUUUGUUUGUUUUUUUACAUAAAAUCUUAGCAAAGGGUUUCCACAGUAGUAAUAGACUCAACAGACAGACCCCAUGGUCCACAUCAGUGGUCAGACUGUGCUGGGUCUUUGUGGGGAACCCUGUUAUAUCAGGUUUGUGGUGACCUUGAAGGGAGGUCUGCCAUUGGAGAAUACAGUGCACUUGUGUGAUGAAUUUCUCUCCAGAAAGGCUGACAGUCAGCAGUCCUUCCUACAGCUGUGGUAGAAGACCUGGUCAUCACAUACAAAGCAAAACCAGAAUAUUCUUUUGAAAUUUCAAGCUUCUCUACUACCAAGCUCUGAUAGGAUGUGCUAAGGUGUUCCCACUCCUCAGCACAGCAGGCACCACGGCCUUCCCUCCUUGGGGUUUACUCUUGGUGGGAUCAGCCAUGGUUGGUGGCUUCUGCCUCUUCCUCAGAGCAGCUCCUGGGGCAGCCCAGGAACAGGAUGGCUUUUCCCCCUCCCCUCUGGACCCAAAGCCUUUCCAGUCAAGCUCCACUUGAAGCUCAAUAAUAUCCUUUCAAUGUGUUUUAUAUUGUUUUGAUUGCCUUUUUUUGUAGAAAUAAAAUUUGAGCUUAGAAUUUAUCAUCAAAUGAACUGUCAAGAUUUGAAUGUUAAUGUCUUUUCAAGGGAAGUGGGACUGUCCUUGAAGCAGUAGUGACACCCUGAGGAAGCUGAUGGCCUGUCCGUGCCUAUGCUCACCACCUCACUUCUGCUACUAGGGGUUGAGAUCCUGUGGAGAAGAUUGCCUCAAGAAACCUUGCUUUCUGCUUUAACCUUAGUUCUAUAACUUUGGGGCUACCUAGGCUCACAGACUUGGAAAACAGCUCUGAGUUUUGCCUAUAAAGAAGUGAGACAUGUCCUCUCAGGCAGUGUGACUUUAGUUUUCCAAGUGUUUGGCUCCUGUGGUGCAUAAAUGAACUAUGCUUUAGUUCUAGGUAUGCAUGGGGCAGGUUUCUGGAGAUUUCCAUAUGCCCAGGAUGGUCAGAGCCCUGGGCCUGUGUUUCUAUGUCUGUCUCUUCAUUGGCAGAAAAGUGACAAUGGAUUUUAUUUCACUCACAUUCAGAUUUGUAAUAAAAUGCCAAACUCUGUCAGAAUUGUCCAAACAAACCACCAUUUUGUUGAUGUUGCUUUUCUGAAUCUAGAGAUAGUCCAGCUAUCUCAUUGCUUAGCUCUACCUGCCUGUUACCCUCACUGUUCUCUGCUCAUAUGGGAGUACUCUUAUGCCAGCAGCCCCUCUCAAGGGACUCUCAGCCCCACUGUUGACAACCAUGGCCUGCCCUGGAAGCAGAGGCCUGGCUUGGAGUCAGUGGUGUCCCUCUGGGCUUGCAUGCCUUGUCCUUUCCAACCCUGCCCUGGAGCAGGCUUUGAGCAAGCUGGCAGGGAGACCUGUGGAACAGCCAGCCACCCACCCCUGACCCAAGUUGGCUAAGGAAUUCACACCCCCCUGGUUCCUUGAAGUGCCCUGGUCUCACCCUGCUCUUUCCACAGUGGCAGAGAAGGCUUUCUAAGAUGCUGUGACCCUACUCUGUCCUUAAUAAAGAUGUUCUCAGACACUA